AAACAUUUAAAGAACAUACACUCCAGGCUCGUGGUUCUUUUGGGAGAAAUGAUGUAGAAUUACUUUUUAUAAUUUAUUCAUUUCUUUUUUUAGUGGGAAUCAGAGGACGUGACCUGCAAUGCAUCCUGUACAAGAAAAUUCGCGGUGGCCUCGAGUAUCAAAGUUCACUCUGUCAGCAUGUGCAGCAACUGUUGCAGAACUAGUCACAUUCCCUCUGGACCUUACUAAAACCAGACUUCAGAUACAGGGUGAAGGUGGUUCCCGACAGCAUGGUGGAAGUGUACAGCCUCCAAAAUACAGGGGCAUGCUGAGCACAGCUAUGGGUAUAGUGCGAGAAGAGGGGCCCUUGAAACUGUGGCGAGGGGUCACACCAGCUAUCUACAGACAUAUAGUGUAUUCAGGCGGCAGGAUGCUGGCCUAUGAACAGCUCCGGGAAUCUGUCUUGGGAAGAUCUGAAGAUGGCAUUUUUCCAGUUUGGAAAGCAGUGAUCGGCAGUAUGAUUUCAGGUGCUCUGGGCCAGUUCAUCGCUAGUCCAACAGAUCUAGUGAAAGUUCAAAUGCAAAUGGAGGGCAGGCGUCGACUUGAAGGGAAACCACCAAGAGUACAUGGGGUUUACCAUGCUUUUACAAAGAUCAUAGCAGAGGGAGGAAUCAGAGGCCUUUGGGCAGGAUGGGUCCCCAACGUUCAGAGAGCUGCCCUAGUCAAUUUAGGAGAUCUCAUGACAUAUGAUACAGUGAAGCAUUUUCUACUGAGAAACACCUCCAUGCCGGAUAACAGCAUUUGUCAUGGAUUGGCAAGCAUAUGCUCAGGAUUGGUUGCAGCUAUUAUGGGAACACCAGCUGAUGUUGUGAAAACUAGAGUAAUGAACCAGCCACGGGAUUCAAACGGAAGGGGUCUUCUCUACAAGUCUUCUACUGGCUGUCUUGUUCAGUCGGUGAGAAGAGAAGGAUUUUUUUCCCUCUAUAAAGGAUUUCUACCAACUUGGUUUAGAAUGGCUCCCUGGUCUUUGACUUUCUGGCUUACAUUUGAGCAAAUGAGACGAGCAAUGGGCAUCAGCUCAUUUUAAUGAUUUUAA